UCGGCCACUGAUUUCUUCUCCACAUUGACCAGACCAAGCCUGCUGACCGCUUCCUACUCGUCCGUUUACCAAACCGAGGGUCUCAAGUCUGCAAGCAGCCGCACCCUCUCCACACCCGCCGCGCGAUGGGACGCCUACUCCCACGCCCUCCUCGAGAAAGGCAUCGUUUCUCGUUUUGCCGUGUACUCUCGCGAUAAAUUCCGCGAGUGGACAGCCACGCGAGAUUUCCGCUUGGAGCCGUCGGAGAUCCAAGCUAUCAUUUCCGGUUUCGAUGACGACAUUAAGCUCCGCCUCCACGGCAUUAAGAUCCAGAACGAGGCUUACACCCUGACGCGGAUGGGCAUGAACCGUGUGAUGAUGGUGGGCCGGUCCUCCGUGGACGGCUCAGGUUGCGUCAUCUAUUUGUGUCGGACUUGUGUCUUGGUGGCCCUGCACCACGACGGCCCACAAACCAGCCUCUGCUUCAACACCAUAGAGAACAUCGGAGACUAUCUGGUACAGCACGGCUUCUAGAUCACACAACAGAGAACAUGGCUUCUAGAUCACACAACAUGAGUUUUUGACCUUUUAAAAAAUGUUUUAGAUUCAAAACUAUAUUGAACACUACAUUUAACACCACAUCCAACUCCACAUCCCACACACCAUUCAACACUAUUUUGAACACCCCAUUAAACACCACAUCCAACACCACAUCCAAAACCACAUCCAACACCACAACCAAAACCACAUCCAACACCAUAUUGAACAGCACUUUCAACAGCACAUCCAACAGCACAUCCAACAGCACAUCCAACAGCACAUCCAACACCACAUCCAACACCACACGUAA